GGCAGUAACUCUGAUUAGAUUAUUUGUUCGAGUUUGAUGUCAUUUACUGAUAAAUGAGGCAGAAGAGAGAGCACCAGGUUUGGAAUGGGGAAAGGAAUGAGUUUUGUUUGGCUCAUACUGAGGUGGAAGUGUCUGAGAGAUAAUGGGUGGGGUAUGCCUCAAGGGUAGAUAAAGUAGUUUAUUCACCUUUUAUUCACUGGCACUUAGCAGAGAGCUUUGACUUGUUCUCCAAACUGCUGCCUGUUAGUUUUCCCAAAACGCCUAUUUGAUCAUCUCACUCUAGUUCCAUUAUUCAUUACUGCCUUCGAAUUUCAGCCCAGACAUUUUACCAUGGCUUCAAAGAUCCUGUUAACUUUUGAACUGUAGAGCUCAGGAAAAGCUAUAAUUAGAUUUCAGAUUUACGCAUCAUCUGGAUAUAAGUGCUAUUUAUAGCCUUGGGAAAAACUAAGAUAUUCCAAAGAGAGAAUACUGGACAGCAAGAAAAGAACAGGGGUUUCUUGAAAGAAAAAGACUCCUAAAGAACAACUGAAAAGACAAAGAACAAAACCACUGUUUGAUAAACAGAUUUUUAAAAAACCUACAGAAUUACUAUCAUUGAAGCUAAUGAAGGAGCAUUUCAAAGAAAAGUUGCCAAAAACUGUGAAAAUUUGAGAUGAGGGAGAGGAAAAUAAAUCUGAAAAUAAACAUUUGGACCUGUAUUUAGAAAGUCAUUGGUGACAUAAGUUGGAGAAUUUCCUGAGUCACUGGAGAAAGAACCCAGAUUGUCACUGAAGGUGAAGGAAAAAUAAAGCCAGGCAGAUGGUCCUUCAAAGAACAUUUUUGUCAUUGCAAAAGGCUAGCUGGCUGCCAGUGUGACCUCACCCUCUCCAGUGCCCCCUACUCGGUGCCAGCUAUGAGUUCCUGCAAUUUCACACAUGCCACCUUUGUACUCAUUGGUAUCCCCGGAUUAGAAGAAGCCCAUUUCUGGAUCGGCUUCCCCCUGCUUUCAAUGUAUGCUGUAGCAGUGUUUGGAAACUGCAUCGUGGUGUUCAUCGUAAGGACGGAGCGCAGCCUGCAUGCUCCCAUGUACCUCUUUCUCUGCAUGUUGGCAGCCAUUGACCUGGCAUUGUCCACAUCCACCAUGCCCAAGAUCCUCGCCCUCUUCUGGUUUGAUUCCCGGGAGAUUACCUAUGAUGCCUGCAUUGCCCAGAUGUUUUUUAUUCAUGCCCUCUCAGCUAUUGAGUCCACCAUCCUGCUGGCCAUGGCCUUUGACCGUUAUAUAGCCAUCUGUCACCCACUACGCCACGCAGCAGUGCUCAACAAUACAGUAACAGCCCAGAUUGGCAUGGUGGCCGUGGUCCGUGGAUCCCUCUUCUUUAUCCCACUGCCUCUGCUCAUCAAGCGGCUGGCCUUCUGCCACUCCAAUGUGCUCUCACACUCCUAUUGCGUGCACCAGGAUAUGAUGAAGUUGGCCUAUGCAGACACAUUGCCCAAUGAGGUCUAUGGUCUUACUGCCAUUCUGCUGGUUAUGGGCGUGGAUGUCCUCUUCAUCUCCUUGUCCUAUUUUCUGAUUAUACGAACAGUUCUACAACUGCCUUCCAAGUCAGAGCGGGCCAAGGCUUUUGGAACCUGUGUGUCACACAUCGGUGUGGUUUUAGCCUUCUAUGUUCCUCUCAUUGGACUCUCAGUGGUUCACCGUUUUGGAAAAGGCCUUGACCCCAUCGUGCAUGUUCUUAUGGGUGAUGUCUAUCUACUUCUGCCUCCUGUGAUCAAUCCCAUCAUCUAUGGUGCCAAGACCAAAAAGAUCAGAACUCGGAUGCUAGCUAUGUUCAAGAUCAGCUGUGACAAGGACCCUCAGGCUGUGGGAAGCAGGUGAUCUUUACCACUUUCCCUUAUCCUUAGUGGCUUGACAUAAUGAUUUCCUAAUACUAGCUUAUUUCUAGUUGCCUAUUUAAUGAUUUUUCCUGAUGUGGCCUCCAAAUGCUACCUCUGCUUGGGAUGAAAGUUUGGAGGCUACCAUGAUUACCUUUCAUAGGAAAUUCGUUUUUAUUAAUGAAAAUUCACAAUUUUGGAAUAUAAAUUCUUGAGCAUCACAGCUGAUGGUAUAAUUGGCAAUAUGUAGCAAGAAAUUUUUAAAGCUUAUAUGCUUUAAUGCUUUCUCACUUUUGGAAAUUUAUCCUAACAAAAUAUCCCUAAAUGCUGAAAGCAGUUUUUCAUAAAAUACAUUGGCUACACCACUAUUAAUCAUAUACUAAAGAUCACAGGAUAUAAUAUAUAAAAGUAAGGAAUAGUAAAUUUGAGUAUGGUCCAUUUAUUUAAUGAAAUAUAUGUGGAACAAUCCAUAUUAAAAGAAUAUUAUGUGACCUUUAAAGACUCUGCUAUAAAAUGAAACAUGCAUAUAAUGUUAAAAAUAAAAUAAAAAGGACACAUGAUUGAAAUUAACUUGAAAAGCAAUCUAUGCCUUCAAGGAAAUGUGCUCAAAUUAGUGACUCAUUUCAGUUUUGACUUUCUAAAUUUAUUUAUUAUGGAUGUCUUCUUUAAAUGACAUGUAUAACUUUCAAAAUGAAGAAAAUGAAACUGAUAAUUUACACAAACCUAAGCUUGUCAAAGACCUCAUUGUUGGUUUACUAUGCAAUAUCUGAAAAUUUAUCUAAGCCCUACACAAUAAUGCUAAUGAACAUGUCUGAAGUGUUUACCAUGUUCUAGGCACUAUACUAACUGCUUUAGAGAUUUUAUCUGAUCUUCACAACAAUUUUGGGGGUAGGUACCAUUUUUGUCCCCCAUUACAAGUGAGAGAAAUGAGCCUUUCAUUAACAAGAUAACUAAGUCAUAGUUUGUGGGUGCUGUGCCAAGAUUUGAAAUUGAGUUUGAUAACCAAAUAUAGUUACUUAAUUUCCACAUUAUAUUGCUUCCUGUUUAAUAUAUUCCAUUUAUUUCUUCAGCCUGUGCAAAUCCUGUUUUCUCUCUGCUGUGUGUCUUCUAAGAUGAGUGACUUUGUGUUGAGAGAUAACUCUGCCCUCAUGAGCAACAAAUCCAGAUUGCUCUUCGUGAUUUAUAGUCACCUUUCAUGUUCUACAGCCUGUUUCUUUCCAGAUUAAGGGAGAGUAUUUUUGUCUACUUAUAGAUUACAUCUUCUCACCCAUAUCUCCCUUUUGUCAGUAUAUCCUGUAUCUUUUAAAUAUUUCAUAUGUGUGGGUUUUAACUUAAGUAUAAGACAAUAAAAUUUUAUUUUAAAUUUU